AUGGAUAAUGCAUUCAUACAAUCCAUGAUAACGCAAGAGAUCAAUGGUUAUAGGAUUGGUGGAAAUUUUACUCCACAAGCAUACAAAAAUAUAGUUGCGGAGCUUAGCACAAAUCUUCAAAUGAAUUUUACCAAAGCUCAUUUGAAGAAUCGUUUAAAGACGUUGAAACACCGUUUUUGUUUUUCUGCCCGGUAUGAUAUGUUUCAGGGAAAGUCAUUAAGUGGGUUCUCAUGGAAUCCUGAAACUCAACUAAUUGAAGUGGAGGAUGAAGUCUGGCAACAAUUAAUAGACUCAAAGCCAACAGCUACAGCGUUGAAGACGAAGAAAAUCACAAACUAUCAUGAAAUGCUAGAAUUAUUUGCAAAUGAUAGGGCAUCAGGUGCACAAGAUGAAACUGCUAAAGAAAGAAAUGCACGAUUGUAG